CUAGAAAAUGAUUUCUUGGAAAUAACAGAUGAGGAUAAGAAAAAAUUCACAAAGGACAGAUUCAACAAAUAUAAGGAAGUUGGGGAACAUCCACGUCUGUCCUCCAGUCCUGCUGAAAAUGAAGAAAUUUUAAAGGGACAGAAAUCCUAUCAAUGUGAUGAAUGUGGCAAAGCUUUUAAUCGGAGCUCUCACCUUAUUGGCCAUCAGAGAAUCCACACUGGAGAGAAACCCUAUGAGUGUAAUGAGUGUGGGAAGACCUUCAGGCAAACCUCUCAGCUCAUUGUUCAUCUCAGAACCCACACGGGGGAAAAACCCUAUGAAUGCAGCGAAUGUGGAAAGGCCUAUAGGCACAGCUCCCAUCUUGUUCAACACCAGAGACUCCAUAAUGGGGAGAAACCCUAUAAAUGUAAUGAAUGUGCAAAAGCCUUUACUCAGAGUUCCCGACUCAUUGACCACCAGAGAAUCCAUACUGGGGAGAAACCUUAUGAAUGCAGUGAGUGUGGAGAGGCAUUCAUUCGAAGUAAAAGUCUUGUUCGACAUCAGGUUCUGCACACUGGUAAGAAACCUUACAAAUGUAAUGAGUGUGGGAGAGUGUUCUGUUCCAAUAGAAAUCUCAUUGACCAUCAGAGAAUCCACACUGGAGAGAAGCCUUAUGAGUGUAGUGAAUGUGGCAAAGCCUUCAGUCGGAGUAAAUGUCUUAUUCGACAUCAGAGCCUCCACACUGGGGAAAAGCCAUACAAAUGUAGUGAAUGUGGGAAAGCCUUCAAUCAGAACUCUCAACUUGUUGAGCAUGAGCGAAUUCAUACUGGAGAAAAGCCUUUUGAAUGUAGUGAGUGUGGUAAGGCAUUCGGUCUGAGUAAAUGUCUUAUUCGGCACCAGAGACUUCACACAGGUGAAAAGCCCUAUAAAUGCAAUGAGUGUGGAAAAUCCUUCAAUCAAAACUCACACCUUAUUAUACACCAGAGAAUUCACACUGGUGAGAAACCUUAUGAAUGUAAUGAGUGUGGGAAGGUAUUCAGUUAUAGCUCCAGCCUUAUGGUACAUCAGAGAACCCAUACUGGGGAAAAACCUUAUAAAUGCAAUGAUUGUGGGAAAGCUUUUAGUGACAGCUCACAGCUUAUUGUGCACCAGAGAGUUCACACUGGAGAGAAACCUUAUGAAUGUAGUGAGUGUGGGAAGGCCUUUAGUCAGCGUUCCACUUUUAAUCAUCACCAGCGAACUCAUACUGGAGAGAGGCCCUCAGGUCUGGGUUGGUCAGUUUCUUAAGGUAUGGUUCUCUGAGACAGAGAGCAAGGACCUUAGAAUUAAGCUUUCUUUAUAAGAAGCAUGCUCACAUUGGUUUCCUGGAGCCACUAGUCACAGUGACUCCCUACUUGCUUAUCCUUGGAUCACUAAGGUAGGAGAGUAGGAGUAACUUAUUCCAGUUCUUACCCACUCUUAGGAAGAUAAGGACUACACAUGUCAUUUAAUUGUAGGUUUCCUUUUUUUUCUUUAUUUUUAAAUUUUAACUAUUUUAAAAUCUAUUUCAUUUCUUAGUUAUGCAUCUUAAAAUCAGACUCCGUGCUUUUCAAAGACAGAGAUAAUAUCUUCUGUAUUCUAUCCUACCUCCUCCAUUUCACCAUUUAUACAAAGCCAUUCAAUAAGGCUGAUUCAUGCUUUCCUGCCUCUUGGCUGUGGCCCUCCCCAUCUACUCUAUAAACUUUAAUCUAUAGCUUUUCAUUGCUUUCAUUCCUUAUCUAGGAAACGUUUUCUUCUGUUUGCAAAUCUUUGUCUCUCACAAUUUUUGAAAUCCAUCUCAUCUCUUAAAUACUUUCUCCUUCAAAUGCUUCUUUAUUUUUCUUCAACUUCUCUUGAUUUGACCUCAAUGCUUUGAAUUUACUGGUGCUACAAUAUGUAACUGUUGUUAAAUUGCCUUGUAAAUUUUGUGUGUCUGUAUACUUUUAUAAUAACUUGUUGUAGGCUCUUUGAGGUCAGGUAUGUAUUUCUUUCCAAUAUAGAUAGUAUUUUGUACACUCAGUUGUUAAAUAAAUAAUUUUUAAAAUCUCAA